GUUUUGCCUUGCUGCGACACUUUACGACUGAUUGCUUUUGGCUGUUUUUUCGACCGAUCAAUCAGGCGUUCUUUUCAGCAUGUCCGAUUAUAAUCAAGGCGAAUCGUCUGCAGCCAUGGGCGGUGGCUAUGUCGAUCCAUACCAAUCAUACAAUCAACAGCAACAACCUUCUCGAGAAAAGACACAAGAAGAAAAGAUUCUUGAAAAAUCAAGGAAAUGGCAACAGUUACAAAGCAAGCGUUAUGGUGAAAAGCGCAAGUUUGGUUUCAUCGAACACGAGAAAGCAGACAUGCCCCCAGAACAUUUGCGUAAAAUCGUCAAGGAUCACGGUGACAUGUCAGCGAAAAAAUUCAGACACGACAAGCGAAUCUAUCUCGGUGCGCUCAAGUAUGUUCCUCACGCCGUACUGAAGCUUUUGGAAAACAUGCCAAUGCCCUGGGAGCAAGUACGUGAAGUGUCUGUUCUGUAUCAUAUUACGGGUGCCAUCACGUUUGUCAACGAAAUCCCAUGGGUGGCCGAACCCAUCUACAUUGCCCAGUGGGGCACCAUGUGGAUCAUGAUGCGACGUGAAAAGCGAGAUCGACGGCAUUUCAAGCGUAUGCGAUUCCCGCCAUUUGAUGACGAAGAACCGCCGCUCGAUUACGGUGACAAUAUUAUGGACGUCGAGCCCUUGGAGGCAAUCCAGAUGGAUUUGGACGAAGAGGAAGAUGCAGCAGUAUACGACUGGCUCUAUGAUCCAAAGCCAUUAUUGGAUACCAAGCACAUCAACGGUUCGAGUUAUCGGAAAUGGCGAUUGGACCUACCAAUCAUGUCUACAUUGUAUCGAUUAGCACAUCAGCUCUUGACCGAUUUGAACGAUCAAAACUACUUUUACUUGUUUGACUUGCCAUCGUUUUUUACCGCCAAGGCACUUAACAUGGCCAUUCCUGGUGGUCCCAAAUUCGAACCGCUGUAUCGCGACAUGGACACCGCCGAUGAAGAUUGGAACGAGUUUAACGAUAUCAACAAGAUCAUUAUUCGACAGCCCGUUCGCACAGAGUACAAGAUUGCAUUCCCGUUUUUGUAUAACUCGUUGCCACGCAGCGUGCGCGUAUCAUGGUAUCACCACCCCACAGUCGUCUACGUCCGCGCUGAGGAUCCUGACCUUCCAGCAUUCUACUUUGACCCUCUCAUCAACCCCAUCUCGUCGCGAACAAUGGAAGGUGCAGGCUCAGAGCACGAGGAUUCGAUUUUCGGUGACGAGGAUGAAGACACAUCAUUCAGUUUGCCUGAAGAAGUAACCCCGUUCUUGGAGGAUAAAGAUCUCUACAACGAUAACACAGCCAAUGCCAUUGCAUUGUAUUGGGCACCACAUCCAUUCGAUAAGCGUUCUGGACGCACCCGUCGUGCUCAAGACAUUCCUCUCGUUAAGAACUGGUACUUGGAACACUGUCCACCUGGCCAACCCGUCAAGGUUCGCGUGUCAUACCAAAAGCUGCUUAAGUGCUAUGUUCACAAUGCUUUGAAGCACCGUCCUCCCAAAUCGCUUAACAAGAAAUACCUGUUCCGAAGCUUGAAGCAGACCAAGUUCUUCCAGACCACACAAUUGGAUUGGGUUGAAGUCGGUUUACAAGUGUGUCGCCAGGGUUAUAACAUGUUGAAUUUAUUGAUUCAUCGAAAGAACCUCAACUAUUUGCAUUUGGAUUACAAUUUCAACUUGAAGCCUGUCAAGACUUUGACGACCAAGGAACGUAAAAAGUCUAGAUUUGGUAACGCCUUCCACUUGUGUCGAGAAAUCCUGCGCCUUACAAAGCUCAUCGUCGACUCGCAUGUCCAGUACCGUCUUGGCAACGUCGAUGCCUUCCAGCUUGCAGAUGGUCUCCAGUAUAUCUUUGCUCACGUCGGUCAACUGACCGGUAUGUACCGUUACAAGUACCGCUUGAUGCGACAAAUUCGUAUGUGCAAGGAUUUGAAGCAUUUGAUUUACUACCGCUUCAAUACUGGCCCUGUUGGCAAGGGUCCUGGUGUCGGUUUCUGGGCUCCUGGAUGGAGAGUAUGGCUAUUCUUCAUGCGCGGUAUCGUCCCACUUUUGGAGCGCUGGUUGGGUAACUUGCUUGCGCGUCAGUUCGAGGGCAGACACUCGAAGGGCAUUGCCAAAACUGUCACGAAACAGCGUAUUGAUUCUCACUACGAUCUUGAAUUAAGAGCUGCUGUGCUCCACGACAUCACUGAUGCCAUGCCCGAAGGUAUCAAGGGUAACAAGUCUAGAACGAUCUUACAACAUUUGUCAGAAGCAUGGAGAGCUUGGAAGGCCAACAUUCCAUGGAAGGUGCCUGGUCUUCCCACUCCCGUUGAGAAUAUGAUUCUUCGCUACGUCAAGGCCAAGGCCGAUUGGUGGACUAGCGUUGCACAUUACAACCGUGAACGUAUUCGACGUGGUGCCACUGUCGACAAGACCGUUUGCCGUAAGAACUUGGGCCGUCUUACGCGUCUGUGGCUCAAGGCAGAACAAGAACGCCAGCACAACUAUCUCAAGGACGGUCCUUACAUUACUGCUGAAGAAGCUGUUGCCAUCUACACAUCCACAGUCCACUGGCUCGAAAGCCGAAAGUUCUCUCCCAUUCCCUUCCCUCCUCUGUCAUACAAGCACGAUACCAAGCUUCUGAUUCUUGCAUUGGAAAGAUUGCGUGAAGCAUACAGUGUCCAAGGCCGUUUGAACCAGAGUCAGCGUGAAGAACUUGGUUUGAUUGAACAGGCGUACGAUAACCCACACGAAGCACUUUCUCGAAUUAAGCGGUUGCUGUUGACUCAGCGUGCCUUCAAGGAAGUUGGCAUUGAGUUUAUGGAUCUCUACUCUCAUCUUGUGCCAGUCUACGAUGUCGAACCUAUUGAGAAGAUCACUGACGCUUAUCUCGAUCAAUACCUGUGGUACGAAGCCGACAAACGCCACUUGUUCCCUGCUUGGAUCAAGCCCUCUGACUCCGAACCACCACCGCUCCUCGUGUACAAGUGGUGUCAGGGUAUCAACAACUUGACUGAUGUUUGGGACACGUCCGAAGGCCAGUGCAACAUUAUGGUGGAAACCAAGUUCAGCCGUGUAUAUGAAAAGAUUGAUUUGACUCUGCUCGGCCGUCUGCUGCGCCUUAUUUUGGAUCACAAUUUGGCCGAUUAUGCAACUGCAAAGAACAACGUUGUGCUUAACUACAAGGAUAUGAACCAUGUUAACGCAUACGGUUUGAUUCGUGGUUUGCAAUUUGCUUCGUUCAUUUUCCAAUACUACGGUUUGGUGCUCGAUUUGCUUGUGCUUGGUCUUCACCGUGCCAGUGAAAUGGCUGGCCCGCCACAGCUGCCCAACGACUUCUUGCAAUAUCGCGAUGUCAGCACUGAAACACGCCAUCCAAUCCGCCUAUACUCGCGUUACAUCGAUCGUAUCCACAUGUUCUUCCGGUUCACUGCUGAUGAAGCUCGUGACUUGAUUCAGCGAUACCUGACGGAGCAUCCUGAUCCUAACUUUGAGAACAUUGUGGGAUAUAACAACAAGAAAUGCUGGCCUCGCGACUGCCGUAUGCGUUUGAUGAAGCACGAUGUCAACCUCGGUCGUGCAGUCUUUUGGGAUAUCAAGAAUCGUUUGCCACGUUCUUUGACCACGAUCGAAUGGGAAGACAGCUUUGUGAGCGUCUACUCCAAGGACAACCCAAAUCUGCUGUUCUCGAUGGCCGGUUUCGAAGUGCGUAUCUUGCCCAAGAUCCGCAGCAUGAACGAAGAAUUUACGCUCAAGGAUGGCGUGUGGAAUCUGAUCAACGAACAAACCAAAGAGCGAACAGCCCAGGCCUACUUGCGUGUUGAUCAAGAGUCCAUGGAUCGUUUCCACAACCGUAUCCGUCAGAUUCUGAUGGCCUCUGGUAGCACAACGUUCAGUAAGAUCGCCAACAAGUACAACACUGCCUUGAUUGGUUUGAUGACCUACUAUCGUGAAGCCGUGGUGCAUACACGCGAGUUGCUUGAUCUCUUGGUCAAGUGUGAGAACAAGAUCCAGACGCGUAUCAAGAUCGGUCUCAACUCCAAGAUGCCUUCAAGAUUCCCGCCCGUUGUUUUCUACUGUCCCAAGGAACUGGGUGGUCUCGGUAUGUUGUCCAUGGGUCACGUCUUGAUUCCCCAAUCCGAUCUGCGUUGGUCUCAACAAACUGAGACGGGCAUCACUCAUUUCCGUUCUGGUAUGAGCCACGACGAGGACCAGCUGAUUCCCAACUUGUAUCGUUACAUCCAGUCAUGGGAGUCAGAGUUUAUCGAUUCGCAGCGUGUAUGGGCUGAAUAUGCGCUCAAGCGUCAAGAAGCAAACGCACAGAACCGUCGUUUGACACUGGAAGAUUUGGAAGACUCAUGGGACCGUGGUAUACCAAGAAUCAACACCUUGUUCCAAAAGGAUCGACACACUUUGGCUUACGAUAAAGGCUGGCGUGUGCGCACAGACUUUAAGCAGUACCAGGUUCUGAAGAACAAUCCAUUCUAUUGGACCCACAGUCGCCAUGAUGGUAAACUGUGGAACCUCAACAAUUACCGUACGGAUAUGAUCCAGGCUUUGGGUGGUGUCGAAGGUAUUCUGGAACACACCUUGUUCAAGGGUACAUACUUCACCUCCUGGUUGGGUCUUUUCUGGGAAAAGGCUAGCGGUUUCGAAGAGAGCAUGCGUUACAAGAAGUUGACCAAUGCCCAGCGAAGUGGUUUGAAUCAAAUUCCUAACCGUCGUUUUACCUUGUGGUGGUCGCCAACCAUCAAUCGUGCUAAUGUAUACGUUGGUUUCCAAGUACAAUUGGAUUUGACGGGUAUCUUUAUGCACGGUAAAAUUCCAACGCUGAAGAUUUCCUUGAUUCAGAUUUUCAGAGCACAUUUGUGGCAGAAGAUCCACGAAAGUAUUGUCAUGGAUUGUUGUCAGAUUUUUGAUCGUGAAUUGGAAGCGCUUCAGAUCGAAACUGUGCAGAAGGAAACUAUCCAUCCACGUAAAUCGUACAAGAUGAACUCAUCCGCAAGUGAUGUUCUUUUGUUUGCUGCAUACAAGUGGCCUGUCUCCCGCCCAUCUUUGCUGAACGACCCGAAGGACGUCAUGGAAGGACCAACAACGACCAAGUACUGGUUGGAUGUUCAGCUUCGAUGGGGUGACUUUGACUCUCACGAUAUCGAACGAUACACUCGUGCUAAGUUCUUGGACUACACGACCGAUAACAUGAGUAUCUACCCUUCACCGACGGGUCUUAUGAUGGGUGUUGAUCUCGCCUACAACUUGUACUCUGCCUAUGGUAACUGGAUUCCUGGUAUGAAGCCUUUGAUUCAACAAGCUAUGGGUAAGAUCAUGAAGGCCAACCCUGCCUUGUACGUUUUGCGUGAGCGUAUUCGAAAGGCAUUGCAGCUGUACUCUUCGGAACCCACCGAACCCUACUUGUCGUCCACCAACUAUGGCGAGCUGUUCAGCAACCAGAUCAUCUGGUUCGUCGAUGAUACCAAUGUCUAUCGUGUCACUAUCCAUAAGACAUUCGAAGGCAAUUUGACAACCAAGCCCAUCAACGGUGCCAUUUUCAUUUUCAACCCGCGUACCGGUCAGCUCUUCUUGAAGAUCAUUCACACAUCCGUCUGGGCUGGUCAGAAGCGUCUCGGUCAGUUGGCCAAGUGGAAGACUGCCGAAGAAGUUGCUGCUUUGAUUCGAUCAUUGCCUGUAGAAGAACAGCCCAAGCAGAUUAUUGUCACCCGAAAGGGCAUGUUGGAUCCUCUUGAAGUCCAUUUGCUUGAUUUCCCCAACAUUGUCAUCAAGGGUUCAGAGUUGCAGCUGCCAUUCCAAGCGUGUUUGAAGGUUGAGAAGUUUGGUGAUCUUAUCCUCAAGGCCACUGAGCCACAGAUGUGUCUGUUCAACUUGUAUGAUGACUGGCUACGAACCUUCUCCUCUUACACAGCAUUCUCGCGUCUCGUCUUGAUUCUUCGUGCUCUUCAUGUCAACAACGACAAAACGAAGAUGAUCUUGCGACCUGACCGAAACACUAUCACCGAACCUCAUCACAUCUGGCCCACAUUGACGGACGAAGAAUGGGCCCGUGUUGAAGUGCAGCUCAAGGAUUUGAUCUUGGCAGAUUAUGGCAAGAAGAACAACGUCAAUGUUGCUUCGCUCACACAAUCCGAAAUCCGUGAUAUCAUUCUUGGUAUGGAAAUCCAGGCACCUUCACUCCAGCGACAACAGAUUGCCGAGAUUGAAAAGCAGACCAAGGAGCAGUCGCAGCUUACUGCUGUCACUACCAAGACGCGCAAUAUCCAUGGCGAUGAAAUGAUUGUCACGACAACCAGUAACUACGAGACGGCCACGUUCUCUUCCAAGACCGAGUGGCGCAUCCGCGCCAUUUCGGCUACCAACUUGCCCUUGCGUACCAACCAUAUCUAUGUCAACUCGGAUGAUAUCAAGGAAAACACUUACACAUAUGUCAUGCCCAAGAAUGUGCUCAAGCGCUUCAUUACAAUUUCUGAUCUGCGAACACAGGUAGCAGGUUUCAUGUAUGGUGUCAGCCCGCCGGAUGCACCCAACGUCAAAGAAAUUCGAUGUGUCGUGAUUCCACCACAGUGGGGCACACACCAAACCGUCCACUUACCAAACACCCUCCCUGACCACGAAUACCUUGCUGAUAUGGAGCCACUAGGUUGGAUCCACACGCAACCACAAGAAUUAAUGAACAUUUCACCACAAGACGUAUCGACGCACGCCAAGGUGCUCGCCAACAACCGAUCAUGGGAUGGCGAAAAGACCAUCACAUUGACCUGCUCGUUCACGCCUGGUUCGUGUUCAUUAACAGCCUACAAGUUGACUCCUGGUGGUUUCGAGUGGGGCAAGAACAACAUGGACACUGGCAACAACCCUCAAGGUUAUCUGCCAACACACGCCGAAAAGGUCCAAGUGCUUUUGUCGGAUCGCUUCCUCGGUUACUUCAUGGUACCGACCGAAAUUUGGAAUUACAACUUUAUGGGAGCACAGUUCAAUGCCAACAUGAAUUAUCGCCUGGUACUUGAUGUUCCCAAGGAAUUCUAUCACGAAUCACAUCGUGCCUCCCACUUUAUGAAUUUCAGCAGUGAAAUCGAGGCGGUCACUGAAGCUGACAUUGAUGAUAACUUUGCAUAAUUGGGCUGUUUUCUUUCUGUUUCCUUUUCUUUUCUGUUAUUCUUUUUCUGUAAUAUUUGCAUUAUUAAAUAAAAAGUAUACUCUUGAUGUAACUAAAAUAAUUGUGUACAUAGAGAUCCAACAUA